AUGGAAAACAUCAGGAAUUCAUCAAAAGGACACUUACAUUUCGAUAAAUUCUAUAGUUUAUCUGUUUCUGAUAACGGUAUUUUGGAAGUGAUCACAAUAUUCAAAACUUUAUUGAAAUAUAAUUCUGAUCUACCACUAUCAUUCGACAAAUUCAUCUACAUUGUCUAUUAUUUCCCAUAUUUAUGGAUUAUAUCUGUCUAUAUCUGUAACUUCACAAAAAUUCAAACAUGGAUUCAGAAUCAGAAGAAGAGGACGUCGGUUACUGUAGUUGUUCCAGAAUGUCGUGUUGUUCGACCACAACGAAUUGAUGAGACUAUAAUAUCCGAAUCGUCGAUGUCUGAACUCGAAACAGUUAUGUGA